AUGUCUGAUCACGGUGAUAGUUUGAAUGACGGACUGGACUACAAUUUCAACUCCUCGGAUGAUGAGAUAGAAAACAUGGUACAUAACCAAGAGAUUUUAAGUUCAGAUCCGGAGUCCCAAGUAGAACAUGACAACCACUCCAAAAAUCACGAAGCGCACAACGUUGGAAAAAGGCGUAAGCGUAAGAGUGAUACGCUCUCUCAAAAGAAGAGGCAAAAGAUGGAACUUGAUAUGGAACAAAAACGGAACCUCGCUAAGGAAGUACCCGGUGUGAUAGCCGAAAAGCUUGCCGCUAAGAUAAGGCAACGCUUUCCUGAUUUGUCUCCAUUAGAGUUGAGUGAGUUAUACAUUGGCAAGUCUGCCAUCAGAGAUACCCAAAGCUUUGUUCUUGAGCGAAAUUUGGAUAACUACAAAAACUAUAUUCAGACACAAUUGAAGCGAGUCCUUCAAGAUAAGGGAUAUAUCUUGAUUGUAACAGUAUCAGCCAUACGAGCAUGUGACAUAUUUCGAGCUGUCAAAUCUCUUCCAACUGGAUCUCUUAAAUUGAUCAAUAAGAACAAACUUCAAGAUGAUUUAAAAGUAUUAAAGAAGUCAAAGGCCAGACUCUUUAUUGGUACCCCUGGAAGGAUAUCUAGAAUUCUUGAGACCGAAAACACACCGUUGACCUUUGAAAUGAUAGAUGCAAUCAUCUGUGAUUCCUCUUUCUUGGACUCAAAGUUGCAAAAUAUAUGGGACUACGACGAGUCUUUUGCAUUAGUUAAAAAGGUACUAUCAAUGAACGAAAAAUGCAAAGUCUACCUAUACUGA